AUGGUAUUAACGAAGGAAUAUCGUAUAUGCAUGCCGCUUACCACGGAAGAGGUAAUUCUUCUUGAAUUUUUAAUGUAAAUCAUUACCACACUUUUCCAUACUCAUAUUCUUUCUACGUAUUGCUUCAAAGUUUUUUCAAUGAUAUUUCGUUGUAAAUUUUCACUCUGCCAGUUAAUAUUCUUUGCCAACGCUUGACGAAAUACAAUUAGGAUCACAGUUCAUAUUUCAUAUUUAGCAAUAUUCUUUGUAGUAUCGCAUAGGGCAGCUUUAUAUGAUUGCAAGACACAGUCACGAGCAAUCAGAUAAUGAUGAAGGCGUUGAAGUAGUUGAAAAUGUUGAGUGUGAACAUCAAGAGCAUGGAAAAGGCCAAUAUACAGAGAAACGGAUCCUUUUGUCUAGUGCUUAGGUCUGUCUCCUAUCGAACUGAUUCAUCGUGAGAUUGAUUUUGUGGACAUUGCGUAUGAUGAAUUAUCUUCGAAACACUAUAAAGAGGAAGAGGACCCAAAAUUCUUUCAAUCGCAACGAACUGGUCGUGGGCCGUUGGUAGAGGGGUGGAGAGACACCACACAACCUAUAAUGUGUUCCUACAAACUAGUUCAGGCCUCUUUUGAAGUAUGGGGCAUGCAAACUCGUGUGGAAGACUUCAUUCAUAGAUGUAUAAGGGAUAUUUUAUUAUUGGGUCAUCGUCAAGCGUUUGCGUGGAUCGAUGAGUGGUACGAUAUGACACUAGAGGAUGUUCGACAGUACGAACAAAAGAUGCAAUCCGAAACUAACGAAAAAGUGCGACUCAGAAAUAUGAAUAACGAAAAACUGCCUACACCAACAACACCAACUUCAUCGGUGCCACCUUCGCCAUUGCCUAAAUCCCCCACACAGUCUACUCGGUCAUGGUUCUCUUGGUCUUAG